CGCCGGGCUCGCGGCUGCUGGACAGGUUAACAAGGUUGCUAUAGCGACCGUCUGAGCCAGCAGUCUGGUGUGUCCAGUGGGCUCUCCCCGUUGUAUGGCUAAAGCUACACAGUUGGGUGUUAACGUGUAACCAGUACCACUGUGCUUGGUACUGAUCGGAUACUGGAAUGACUUAGCACAGCGUUACCAGGUUUUGCUGCUGCUAUGGUUGCUGGACACGCCUGCUACCCCAGUAAGGCUCCCCCAAUGGAUGUCCAGAGCGCUAGCUCAGUGGUGCUCCAGGCACUGACACAGGCAGCCAGCCAGGACACAGCUGUGCUAAAGCCUGCGGAGGAACAGCUGCGCCAAUGGGAGACUCAGCCCGGCUUUUACACUGUGCUGCUGAGCAUCUUCAACAAUCACAUGUUAGAUGUCAACGUCAGAUGGUUGGCAGUGCUCUACUUCAAGAAUGGCAUCGAUCGCUACUGGAGACGAGUUGCACCUCACGCGCUCUCAGAAGAAGAGAAAGCAUCUCUCCGAGCUGGACUCAUCACCAACUUCAACGAACCAGUCAACCAGAUCGCCACUCAGAUCGCUGUGCUGAUAGCGAAGGUGGCUCGUCUGGAUUGUCCGCGCCAGUGGCCCGAGCUCAUCCCAGUCCUGCUGGAGUCGGUGAAGGUACAGGAUAUCCUGCGGCAGCAUCGCGCCCUGCUCACCUUCUACCACGUCACCAAAACGCUGGCGUCCAAACGCCUGGCUGCUGACCGCAGGCUGUUCCAGGAUUUGGCGUCCAGUAUCUACGGCUUCACCUGCUCACUGUGGAACCACCACACUGACUCCUACCUGCAGGAGUUACAGGCUGGACACCAGGACGCUGCACUCAGCUCCCUGGAGCGCACGCUGCUGUCUCUGAAGGUUCUGCGGAAACUGACUGUGCAUGGGUUUGUAGAACCACACAAGAACAUGGAGGUGAUGGGGUUCCUCUCAGCAGUCUUUGAGAGACUGAAGCAGUUUCUAGAGUGCUGUCGGCUAGUUGGACCAGGUAGUGUUUGCAGAGAAAAGUUAGAGAAGACCGUUAUUCUGUACACCAAAGUGCUGCUGGACUUUCUGGAACACCACCCAUACCCCUUCAUCCCACUAAUCCAGCGCUCACUGGAGUUCACUGUCACCUACGUCUUUACCGAUGUGGGUGAGGGGCUGGUGUUCGAGCGCUUCAUCGUGCAGUGCAUGAGCCUCAUCAAGAUGAUCGUCAGAAACGAUGCCUACAGACCAGACAAGAACGUGGAUGAGAGUAACGCGGAGACCCUGGAAGCACACCGGAUUAAGAGCGCUUUCUUCACUCCGCCCACGCUGGCCGAGAUCGGGACGAGGCUGGUCUCCAAAUACUUCCUCCUCACACAGGAAGAGGUCGCCAUGUGGGAGGAAGACCCAGAGAGCUUCGCUGUAGAGGAAACUGGAGGGGAUUCGUGGAAGUACAGUCUACGGCCAUGCACGGAGGUCUUGUUCCUGGAUAUAUUUCACAACUACAGUGCCACGCUGACCCCAGUCCUGCUCCAGAUGGUUCACAACCUGCAAGGUCCUAGUGAUGUGGACGACCCAGCGCAGCUUCUGCUGAAGGAUUCAGUGUACAACGCCGUGGGGCUGGCCGCGUACGAGCUGUUUGACAGUGUGGACUUCGACCAGUGGUUCAGUAACCAGCUGCUGGCGGAGCUUCAAGUCUCUCACAACAGGUAUAAGGUGAUCAGGCGCCGUGUCAUCUGGCUGAUUGGCCAAUGGAUCUCAGUGAAGUUUAAGUCAGAAUUGCGCCCCCUGCUGUAUGAGUCCUUCCUCAGCCUCAUGCAGGACCCUGAUCUUGUGGUCCGUAUUGAAACAGCCACCACUCUGAAGCUGGCUGUCGAUGACUUUGAGUUCAGGACAGAACAGUUUUUGCCGUACCUGGAGUCUAUCUUUGCUUUGCUCUUCCAGCUCUUACAGCAAGUCAGUGACUGUGACACUAAAAUGCAGAUACUCCAUGUGGUGUCCUGUGUCAUCGAGAGAGUCAGCACACAGAUCCGGCCCUAUGUGGCUUGCCUGGUGCAGUAUCUCCCUGUCCUGUGGAAGCAGUCAGAGGAACACAACAUGCUCCGCUGUGCCAUUCUCACCACCCUCAUCCACCUGGUACAGCUUGGUGUGGGUGUGUGUGCGCGUGUGUCACAGGGUCUGGGCGCUGAGAGCAGGAAUCUGUACCCCUUCCUCCUGCCUGUGAUCCACCUCAGCACAGACGUGUGUCUGCCGCCACACGUGUACCUGCUGGAGGACGGGCUGGAGCUCUGGCUGGUGACAUUAGAAAACUGCCCUGCCAUAACCCCUGAACUACUGAGAAUUUUCCAGAACAUGACUGCUCUGCUAGAGCUCAGCUCCGAGAAUGUGAAGACAUGUUUCCAGAUCAUCAGUGCCUACAUAUACCUGUCAGCCACCGAGUUUUUACAGAAUUAUGCUGAAGCUCUCUGCAGAUCCUUCUGUGAUCUCCUGAAAGACAUCACCAUGGAGGGCCAAGUCCAAGUGCUCAAGGUGGUGGAGGUCGCCGUCAAGGUCAGUCCCGUGCUGGCCUCUCAAACCUUCCAGCCCCUGUUCCCCCUCGUGUUCCGGGGCGUUCUGGACGGAGAGAGGUAUCCCGUGGUGAUGUCCACGUACCUGGGUGUGGUUGGUCGGGUGCUCCUGCAGAACUCCUGCUUCUUCAGAACCUUCCUAAUGCAGAUGGCCAUGGAGUUAAACCAGGAGGUGGACCAUCUCUUGGGCAGCAUGAUUGAGAUGUGGGUGGACCGCAUGGACAACAUCACUCAGCCGGAGAGACGCAAACUGUCGUCCUUGGCGCUGCUGUCUCUGCUCCCCUCAGACAGCAGUGUGGUUCAAGACAAGUUCUGUGGAAUCAUUAACAUAUCUGUGGAGGCCCUGCAUGAUGUGAUGACUGAGGACCGAGAGACAGGAACCUUAAAAGAUUGUAUGCUCAUGAAUCACUUGGAGGAGCCCAAGUUAUCUGAUGAUGAAGAACCUCCAACAGAACAGGACAAGAGGAGGAAACUGGUUGUUCAAGAGUUCAAUACACUUGUGGCCCUUUACCGGGAGCUCGUGAUUUCAGUGGGGGAAAUCUCAGCUGAUUGUCCCGCUCUGCGCGCAGAGAUGCACAAGACCCGCACUAAAGGCUGCGAGAUGGCGCAAGCGGCACAUCAAAAGCUGUCUGCAAUAUCAGGCCCAGAGGAUGGAGAGAUCCACCCAGAGAUCUGCAGACUCUUCGUCCAGCUGCAGUGUUGUCUGGAGAUGUACCUGACGGAGAUGCUCAAAUCUGGCUGUCUGCUGGGCUCCCUGCAGCUGCACAGGAGAGGGAAAGAUGCUACUGCUUCAUCUAAGAUGGAGAGUCAGAAAGAGGACAGCUCUGCUGUUCCCAUCCUGGAGGAGUCAUGCUCCUCAGAGCUGGACUGCUGUCUGGCCUACUCCCUGGUAUCCGCAGACAUCGAGAACAUUGAGCGGGACAUGACGGAUAUGAAGAACCUUCUCAGCAAACUCAGGGAGACGAUGCCCUUACCACUGAAGAACCAAGAUGAUAGCAGCUUGUUGAAUCUGACUCCGUACCCUCUGGUCAGGCGGAGAAAGAGGCGUUUCUUUGGCCUCUGUUGCCUGGUAUCCAGUUAAGAGCUUGUGCCCAGGAUUGCGCCACCAAGACUACAUUUCCCAUGGUCCCUCAUAAUGUGUGACGUUCAUCAAUCAGCAGUAGUACUGCCAUUUCCCAAACCAGUUGGUUCUCUAUUAUGGCCGCCCAACUUCCUAUUUAAAUAGAACAGUUGUAAUAUGUCUAAUAUCACUAAUCAUUCAAAUAUAUCUAUACAGUAUCAACAAACAAAUAUGAUUAAUACAGACAAUUUUCUUUUUAUAUAAGUGAAUGCAUCUUAUUUUCAUCAGCAUUGUGCUAAUUGCAGAUCUGUUCUAGACUGACAGUGCUGGCUGUUUGUCCUGCUCCAUAGCGCCCCCUGGCCACCAUUUGAAAUGCACAAGCUUGCUGCGGAAUGCACACUGGGGCAGUUGGCUGAUUGGUGGGAAGCCUCAUGGCUCCAGGUGUUUUCUUCACAUGUUCGCUCUUGUCUUAGGUCACGACUUUCUGCUAUGCCCGAACUUUUCUUAUAGUAUUGUUUAGUCUUCCUUAAACCGACAAACCUGUAUUUUUCUGUUUGUGUCCAUCUUUAGGGAUAUGAAGAGCCUUUGUACAUAAUAAAUACCUAUAAAUAGAAAUUCUAGAGUUGUACACCUCUGCUUCA